CCCUCCUUCGCCAGCCGAGCGUCAGCAGCAGCGGCGGCGGCGGAGAGGAAUGGGAGGGAAGGCGAUGGCGGCGCAGAUCUGACAGAAACCUCCUCUCCUAGAGGGGGAAAAUCACAGCCUUGAGAAAGCUUAGAAACCGACCGUGGGUGGUGGUCACAGCAGACAUUUUGUCCCGGCCUCUGCCCAGCCCCCUCAAGAGGACCGGGAUGCGACAGGGGGCUGUGCAUCACCCAUGGCCUUCAUGUCCCGGUUCUCCCGGAAUACAUCUUCCCAGGCUCCAGUCCGGAAGAUUCAUGAUGACACCAUCAGCCACCCCAUCCUCAGCGUCUUUGAGCUAGAGAGGCUACUGUACACAGGCAAGACUGCCUGCAACCAUGCUGACGAAGUCUGGCCGGGACUCUACCUGGGAGAUCAAGAUAUAGCAGCCAACCGUCGUGAGCUGGCACGCUUGAACAUCACCCAUAUCCUCAAUGCUUCCCAUAGCAAGUGGCGGGGAGGCGCUGAUUACUACGAGGGCACGGGCAUCUGCUACCUGGGCAUUGAGGCACACGAUUCACCCACCUUCGACAUGAGCCCCUACUUUCAGCCUGCAGCUGACUUCAUCCAUAAAGCGUUGAGCAGGAGUUCAGGGAGGAUCCUCGUCCAUUGUGCUGUGGGGGUGAGCAGAUCAGCCACCCUGGUCCUCGCCUACCUCAUGAUUUACCACCACUUGACCUUGGUGGAGGCCAUAAAGACCGUGAAGGAUCACCGGGGCAUCAUCCCCAACCGGGGUUUCCUGCGCCAGUUGGCCACCCUGGACAACUCCCUCAGGUUGAAGCAGAAGCCAUGAGUGGAGGGCUGGUGCAUUUAUGGGCCAUCUUUCAUGUUCUGGUAUCCCUGAGUUUCCACCACUCCUGCCCUGCAGAGGUCCAGCUGUAAUGCUCCAAAUGCCUACAACACCUCAUGUUCUCAAAGUUAGCUCCAAGUGUCACCUGGAGGUAAGCAAACUUCAGAGUAGAAGAGGGGCUCUUUUUCCCUCCAUCCAUCCUUACUGGCUUUCAGAAGCCAUAAAACUGGAUUCUCCUAGAUGGCAAAUCCCAACAUUAAGCUGAGGGAGCCUUAGGCUGCCUCACUGCCCUUAGAGUCAUGUUAUGUGGCCUAUGGUGUCCUAUUUGCUUGUAUUUGAGCAGUAAAAAUAAAGUCCUGUGGAAAUGA